AUGCCUACCUUCUGUGGAUGGGCGACUGCGCUCUUCUGCUUCUCCAUUACCUUGGCAGUAGCCCACCCAGAAAUCCUCUGGACCGACUGUAGCGAGCACGUUCCACCGAGCGAUGUUUUCAAUGCCACCGGCGUCGAUCUUCAACACCUCCCCUCGACGCUCAAAUGCGGCCUGCUUGUUGUGCCAAUGGAUUACUCCAAGCCACUCAGCGAGAGCAACAAUAUCACUCUGGGCCUGGCUAUGCACCGACCGGCUCAGCCAAAAGGCGUUAUCUUCUUCUGUCCAGGUGGCUCGGAUAAUGCAGUCGUACACGCGUGGAAUCUUGCACUCAACAUUACCUCCCCAUUCAUUCCUGAUUUCUCGGACUUGAUAGACUACGACUUGAUGAUGAUGGAUAUUCGUGGCACCUACAGCUCCAAUCCUCUGAACGUUUCGCUAGACACAGUUCUACCCUUGUUCAACCCCUACCCGACGUCUCAGGAUGAAUUUAAUACUGCGAAAGAGAUCGCUGCCGCCGCCAUACAGUCGUGGGUCGAUUCAAGUUCGCCCCCGGGGAUCGUUGGGCAUGUCGGCACACGAGAGGUUGUUCAGGACUACAAUCAGAUCCGUCAGGCCCUAGGCUAUGAGAAAAUCCACUUUAUCGGCGCUUCUUAUGGGAGUUAUCGAGCUUUACAAUUCGCUCAAACAUAUCCUGAUUCUGUGGGCCGCUUUGUGCUGGACGCGGUGGUGCCGCACGGAGUUUGUCCUGCUCAGCAAGCCGAAAAUGAGAUGGCGGCCGCAAAUCGGGUCUUACUGAGAGCAGAUGCAUAUUGCCAGAAAAACUCGUCGUGCCCCUUCAGUGGUGCAGGCAAAGGCAGUGUUCCAGAAGCAUACCGUGAAAUCAUUAAGACAGCCUCCAACUCAUCUGUCGACCUUGUCUGGGCCAUUCAAGCAACUAUCACCGGGCUGCUCCAAGAUCAGCCCGACUUUCCUCAGAUUAUUGACUUGAUUGCCGCGCUGUCGAUGAAUAUCAGCGCCUUAGACACUUUGCCCCAACAAGCAUUGACGGCCGGGAGCAUUGUUGCUUAUGUUCUGGAGUGCGGUGACUCUCUUUUGUCACUACCAAUGGGUGGUUUUGAACUAGACACUGACACAGUCCAGCUUGCUUGCUCAGCUUGGCCGUUCGACACAGCGCCAUUGGUACCAAUCCGUACGGAAAUCCCCAUGCUGGUCGUCACGGCGGAUUUCGAUGGCAGCGCACCAACAGAAUGGACCACGCUGACAAUGCCCGACAUUCCGAAUGGUCAUCUGGUUGUUCGGCAUGGCGAUGACCAUGUAUCAUUCAACCUGCCCGCUCAAUCCUCGACCGCGAUCGCGAAGCGCUUCUUGCGCACUGGAAUCUUGCCGGGCCAUUCCAGCAAUACGUUUGUGACCGUCUACGCCCCGCCUGUCAAGAGAGAUCCAAUUGCCGACCCUUACAGCGUCCCAACUGGGUUUCUGGGUGGCGAUGUGGAUAGUGCAUGA